AUGAUUGGUGUUGUCGGAUUUUUUAUUUAUGGUAGAGAGAAUGAGAGACUUUUUGACUCGGUGAAUCCAAAAUAUUCUCAGCAAGUAAUUGACAUUGAAAAGUUCGUAUAUUGCUCGUUGGAUAUCAUCGACGAGAAAGUGCAAAAAGCGAACGAAAUGUAUCUUGGACAGCUUUUCAGUAAUCAAAAUUAUAGAACUUUUGGAUAUGUAACAAACACCGGCGUACGAAUGGUUCUUGUCGUUGAUUCGACGACUGCAGCUUCCCUCAAAGAUCAGGAAAUUCGAUUGAUCUUUAAACGAUUUCAUGGAUAUUAUUGUAACACAAUCUCGAAUCCGUUCUACGAAAUUGGUGAACCAAUGAAGUCGAAAUGGCUAGAUGACGGAAUCACGGAUUUAUAUUCACAUUCGGAUUAA